AUCACUCUGGAACACUUCGACUAUACAAAGCGCCGUCCCUGACUAAAACAGUACAGUCGACAGUCAGCCUCGCCGUCAUAAACAGUGGAAAUCGAAGUCACGUAAGAGUGGUCAGGCUCCAGGUAUCUCGUUGCUCGCGGGCGCGACUUCAUUACGUUCUUAGUGCUUUUUCAAAGGCGCGUAAUCGCUCACACUACGAUCACCUGCGGUGGAGUCAACCGCGUGAGGACCUUAAACUAAAUAAUUACCAACAUAACAAUAGAUAUUCUAAAGGCUCGUGGAAACGAAUAUUUUAUUUCGUUUUACUCAAAAUGCAUCGACGAGAUCGCAAACGAAUCGAUUAUUACUGCGAAAGCGUUGUACCCAAAAUUGAUAUAACAACAUUGUUCCCAAAGCUCCUAGAAAAUAAGGUUUACAACAGAGAUGAUGUAAACAUCUCAACAUGGACAAAAAGCCUUGGAGACCAAGAUACAGUCAAAGAUAUAUUUCUUACUAUAAAAACUCGAGGACCAAACGCCUGUAAAAAUUUGCUUCUUAGUUUAAGACAAUCCAAUCAUGGAAAUAUAGCUGAUAUAUUAGAAGGGAAAAGUAUUUCAAGCAACAAUAUUGUAAGUUUAAGCAACUCCAUUAACAACAUUACCAUCAGUCAACUAAAGGAACACAACAAUAAUGCGAGUUCUAGCAACGAGCGACAAGAGGAGUCUAUGGACAAUAUUGUUUGGGCCAACAAACCUCUAAAAAUCGAAGUAUCCAAAGCUACAAGGUUUCUAGAUAGUGAAUCUUGUACUAUUCUGCAGCGAUAUCCCAUGCGAAGUAAGCCUCGUGGAUUGGUUUUGGUAAUUUCGAAUAUAUAUUUCGAUUCAACGGAGAAACCUAGAUUGGCGGCAGAACACGACGAAGCUAAUUUGAAGGAGCUGUUUAAACAAAUGGGCUUUGAAGUCGUUACGCACCAAAACCUAACGGGUCAACAAAUAAAGGAGGUGGUAAGAACGUUCUCAAAGCGAAAGGACCUGGAGAAGGUUGACUCCUGCUUCGUGUUCAUUACGAGUCACGGUACGGAGGAUAAGAUGAACAAUUCAGAGAUCCAGGGAACGGAUUAUCAGAAAGACGCACCAGCGAAUUAUGAAAAGGUUUUGUGUUCGGAUAUCUACGAUUACUUCACGGUGGAAGCUUGUCCACAGCUCGCUGAAAAACCAAAGAUAUUCGUGUUUCAGAUUUGCAGAGGAGAGAAGGUGCAGAAAUCAGUAGCUCAAUCUAGAGUCAGCAUUGAUUCUUUGGCAAAUAAGGCGGAUGAAUAUGUUCGUGGCUUAACAACGAGAAAUUACUCGGAUAUGCUCAUUGUUCAGGCAACUCUGCCUGGACACGUUGCUUACCGAGACGAGAUAACUGGCAGUUGGUUCAUACAGAUUCUCUGCAAAGUAUUCAUGACCUACGCUUGCACGGAGCACAUUCAAGACUUAUUCAGCAUGAUCGACGCACACUUGAAGUACCUCAGAAUGCCAGAUAACAAGUGCCAAACAUCGACCGUAGAAUCAAGGGAAUUCAAUAAACAUUGUUAUCUGCAUCCUGGUCUUUAUGAAGAAGACUUGAUUGACUGACGAAGAAGGAAAAGCAGGAUUUCUUAUUCCAUGAGACAAUAGCAUACAGUAUUUUCGUAUUCCUAAUUAUGUAUAAGUAUCCUGUUGUAUUUAUACUUUUAAGAAUUUUUAUACUCUAAACGACAGUAAAACUUUUAACACGUUUUUUAAAAUAUGUUAUAUUUAUAUGAAAAUAUUACAAUUUUCUAGAUCGACGCACACUUGAAGUA